AUGGGCAGGAUAACCUUCUUUGAGGACAGGAACUUCCAGGGCCGCUCCUAUGAGUGUAUGAGCGAUUGCUCCGACAUGUCCUCCUACCUGAGCAGGUGCCAAUCUUGUCGGGUCGAGAAUGGCUGUUUUAUGGUCUACGAGCGCCCUAAUUUCAUGGGUAACCAGUACUUCAUGAGGAGGGGCGAGUACGCCGACUCCAUGAGCAUGAUGGGCAUGAGGGACUGCAUCAGGUCUUGCCGUGCAAUCCCCAUGCACAGAGGCCAGUUCAGAAUGAAGAUCUUUGAGAGGGAGAACUUCAACGGCCAGUCCCAUGAGCUCCAGGAGGACUGCGACAACAUCAUGGACCGCUUCCGCAUGAACGACUGCAUGUCCUGCCAGGUGACGGAUGGCCACUGGCUGAUGUUUGAGCAUCCCCAGUUCCGUGGGAAGAUGAUGUAUGUGAGGCCCGGAGAUUACCGCAGUUUCAGGGAGCUAGGCCUGAAUGGCAUGAGGUUCAUGAGCAUGAGGCGCAUCAUGGACAUGUAA